CGCGAAAACCACGAAAACGCAAUGCUGUACGGUACAAUAUUAGUGUGUAUCGGGGUUACUUUAAAACAAUACUGGGCUACAAACAUGUAGUUGAAACGUAAACAAAUAGUAAAUCGUCAUUUAAGUUAAUCAACACAUGCAGUAAAGUUGAAAAUAGGAGCUGAAUAUGGAAUCAUCUGACGCUGCCAAGCCCGAGGCUUCCACCUCCAACUUGAAGAGCAGUGAUCUCAGCAAGCUUGUACGUGUGGAGUACCAGAGGCUUAGAUCAGCCAAGAAACUCAAACAUGCCGACCAAGUCAGGCGAUUGUUCAGCGACAACCGCAGACAAAUCAGAGAGGAUUUAGAACAGUACCAGCCAAUGCUGAAAAAAUCAAAGUGCCAAACCUUCCAUAAGCUGGAAAUUUUAGGAUCCACCCCCGUGACACAAAAAUGUGAAGUCACCAGUGCCAUUAAGGAGCUAGGUGUUCAGACGGUUCCUCUGCGAGUCAUGAAUCCACUCAAGCCGAUACCAAACAUGUAUUCAUGGGCACCACUGCAGCAAAACUUUGUGGUUGAGGAUGAGACAGUUCUACACAAUAUCCCGUACAUGGGUGACGAUGUCCUGGAGAAGGACACCUCCUUCAUUGAAGAGCUCAUAAAGAACUACGACGGCAAGGUGCACGGCGAGAAAGACAAGUCCAUGCUUGACGAUGACCUCUUCUUUAGCCUUGUGGAAGCUGUGGACACAUUGUUCAGGGAGAGAAUGGACGAAGACAAAGUUACAAGCAGUUUCCCGUUGGAUGAGAUUUUUGAAGCCAUUUCAAGCGUGUUUCCUGAGAAAGGAAAACCAGAGAAUCUGAAACAUUUAUACCGAGAUCUCCUGGAGAAAAUGGACCCCAGUUCACUGCCCCCAGAAUGCACUCCAAACAUCGAUGGGCCCAACGCCAUGUCGGUGCCUCGAGAGCAGACAAUGCACUCCUUCCAUACGCUGUUCUGUCGACGCUGCUACAAAUAUGAUUGUUUCUUGCAUCCAUAUCGGCCCCAUCCAAGCAAACAGAUGAGAAAAAUGCCUGAAAGAAAACAGGAGCCUGAGCCCUGUGGUGUUGAAUGCUUCAUGCAUAUGCCUGGCUAUAUUGAGCGGGAAUCCUCAGUAAUGAGUCUGACAACCACAGGAUCCUCUGACCAGGAACGCAGUGACAAGGAGAGCAAGUCUGAGCGCAGUCGCUCGCCCGUCACGACGCACAAGAAUCGCAAGCGCAAGACCAACGGCACUGCGGGCAGUGGUAGCGAGGAUAGCAACGAUGGCGUCGGUGCUGUGGUGAAGGCCAAGUAUAAAAGUCUGGAUGUACGCUACCCGAUGAAGGACAAGCAGACGACAGAAGACUGGAGUGGUGCGGAGGAGUCGAUGUUCCGUGUGCUGGUAGACAUGUAUCGUACCAACUACUGUUCCAUAGCCAAACUGCUCUGGAACAAGAGUUGUAAACAGGUGUAUGAGUUUGCCACACAUGAGAUGAGCCACUUGCCAGAGCUGAAAGAGGACUGUGAGAAGACACCCCCUCGCAAAAUGAAGUCCAAGAAACGACCAACUAGCAAGGUUUGGGCGUUGCAUUCCAAGCGUGUUCAGAUGAAGAAGGACAGCAACAUGAAGGUGGUGUCCAACUAUGUGCCGUGUGACCACCCGGGACAGCGGUGUGACGAGACAUGCCCCUGUGUCAUGGCACAGAACUUCUGUGAGAAGUUCUGCCAGUGUCGACUGGAGUGUGAAAACAGGUUUCCGGGCUGUAAGUGCAAGGCCCAGUGCAAUACGAAGCAGUGCCCAUGUUUCCUUGCUGUGCGUGAGUGUGACCCUGACCUGUGCCCCACAUGCGGUGCGGACCAGUUUGACACCGAUAGAAUCUCUUGCAAAAACGUUAAUGUUCAGAGGAAUCUCAAAAAGCACCUGCUUUUGGCCCCAUCGGACAUUGCAGGCUGGGGAAUAUUCCUCAAAGAGCCCUGUGAAAAGAAUGACUUCAUAUCCGAAUACUGUGGCGAGAUCAUCUCCCAGGAUGAAGCAGAUCGCAGGGGCAAGGUGUACGACAAGUACAUGUGUAGCUUCCUGUUCAACCUAAACAAUGAUUUUGUUGUGGACGCAACCCGUAAAGGCAACAAGAUCCGGUUUGCCAAUCACUCCAUCAACCCGAACUGUUACGCCAAGGUCAUGAUGGUGAAUGGUGACCACCGUAUCGGGAUCUUUGCCAAACGUGCUAUACAGGCCGGAGAGGAAUUGUUCUUUGAUUACAGGUAUGGACCCACCGAGCAGCUGAGGUUUGUAGGGAUCGAGAGAGAUGUCGAGAUGGUCUAGACUAGUAGAGAGGGUCAGACGAGAUGGUCUAGACGAAAUGGGCUAGAGCUGCCUUAGAAACCAAGACAGUGGUGUUUACAAUCUGGUUUUUGGCAUUAUAUGACUAAUGAUAUAAUUUUGGAACAUGUGGCAUUAUUGACUUGGGAAUCCAAAACAUUGGGAUCUAAAUGAUAUUAGAUAAAUACAUGACUUCAUCGACUACUUUGUUAAGAUACCCAUAAAGGCCUUAAGUCUGGAUUUAGCUUAGUUUAAUGGUAUCAUCACCAAUUCAUCAAUGCCAAAAAAGCUGGUGUUAAUGUAAUCCAAAAAUAAAAUAGACGCUGUGACGUCAUUCACUCUGAAAAAAACAUGGCGUAAGCAAAUUGCUUGCAGAAUAUAAACAGUUGGAUAGAUGAGAUUGUCUGCCCCUAUAUGUCAUGUCAAUAACAAAAGAGAACAAUAAAUUAUGUAUGUUUAUUUUUGAAAUCUCAAGUACAAUUUGUUCUUGUUAUUGAGGUGAAAUUGGGCAAAAUAUAUAGCUUUGUAAUAUGUUACAUUACAGUUGUGUACACAGGGUAUAAUUUUUAACAUGCAAAGAGAAUGUUGUCUCACAAUUUGUACACAUAAACAUUCAAAGAAUCGAUAGACAGCGUGGCAAUAAUUGAAUAAAAUGACCAAAACGUGUGUUAAUGGCUGUGUUAACAAAGGCUGGUGGUUUCAAAACUUGUGGAUUUUUAAUUAUAAAAGUGUUUUUCUAAACAAACUGCUGCCUGUGCUUAUUUUAAUUUAAUAGUAGUGCAAAAAAGUACGAAAUCUGAUAUUUUGCAUUUGGUUAUAAUUUUCUUAUGCAAGUUUUCUGCGUAUGUAUACUAUGAUAAACAAACAAUUAAAAUAAAAAUAUAUCAGUGAAA